AUGAGAGACUUUACUUGGGCUGCCUGCAUAGGCAUCGCUAUGAUCCUUGGUCAACCUGUCGUUGCCAGUGCCAAAAUUACCAUCGCACCUUCUGGUACCAAUGCCAGCACUACUCCCGAAAAGAUCUGGGUUCGAACAUAUCAGGAUAUCAAUACUACAUCCCACGUGCAAGCCCUCUACGAUGCUAUGGGCGGCACCUUUGCGCUUCCCUCUGAAUUCGGCCCUGAAGCUCACCUAAGUGGGAUUAUCUUCAGCAACUCAACCGAUAACUUCCCUCGUCCAGAAUGGGCACAGUCGGGAGAUGUAUCCGGAAACACAUCGUUGUCUCUUGACAAACGCUGGACUGGUAAAGUCUACAGCCAUGAGUGUACAGAUCCUCCCGAUUGGUCAAAUAGAUUGUUUUCGUACAAAGCACAGUUGUACAUGAACGGUAUCUUAUGUGACAGGGCUCUUAAAAUAGCCCCUUAUGCUUGGGGCGGUAUUGCCCUUAUAUUCUCCAAAGUCCAAUGUGGAGAGAGGCUUCAAUAUCUCUGUGAGGGCAUCUGGACUAUUCUUGGUGUCGCCGCUAGUGACAACAUUGGGCCAGGCAUUAAGUCACUCUGUGCUGAAGGAAUGGCAAGUCUAGCAAGUUACUGCUACGAGAAAGGAGGCUCGAUGAAAGUCAAAGUCGAUCAGACUGGGUCUGUUUUCGAAUUUGGCGGGUAUUGCAAUUCGAAAACAACCGAAAGCUGUGAGACUAUAUCUUCUGACGACAAGUGCGAAACUAUUGUAUGCACAGGACAAUGUAAUCCUGGCCACAAAGACCCUUGA